AUGUCUUAUGAAUUGAAAUCAUUUCUUGAAACAUUACCUAUUGAACUUAUUUAUCGUAUAUUUGAUAAUCUCGAUCUAGAAACAAUUCUUUCAUUUCGUUACGUAUGUCAACGAUUUUAUUCUAUUACAAAUACUUACAAUCGAUAUAAACUUGACUUAAAAUUAAUUUCAAAAUAUCAUUUUGAUUUAAUUUGUCGUAUAAUUCAUCCUGAAAAUAUUAUUUCACUUAUACUUUCAGAUGAUGAUAUGACACCUGGUCAAAUUUCAUCAUUUAUUUCACAUUUCUCUAUUGAUCAAUUUAAUCGAUUACGUACAUUAACAUUUUGUAAAAUAACAGAACAAGAUUUAAAUAAAUUUCUCAAACAUAUUACUAUUUCUUCACUUACUUCAUUAAUUAUUGAACAACGUGAUUGUUAUACUUCUUCAAAUAGUCAAUUAACAAUGUCUAUUCUUUUUCAUAUAAUAACACAAUCUAAUCUUUGUAAACUUGAAUUAGACAUGAGAUCUUAUUGUACAGAUGAAAUAUUAUGGCCUAGUCAAUAUUCUAUAAAAUAUUUGACAAUUUCGAAUUGUAAUUCUAAUCAAAUUCUUAUUAUUCUUCGUCAUUCAUCUCAUUUAAAAUCAUUUAUUGUAAAGAAUUGUAUUAUACAUAAUCUAACUAAAACUAUUUCAAUAUCAUCUGAUUUAAAACUAUUAAUACAAUUAACAUCAAUGAUAUUUGAAGAUAGUGAAUUAUCAAUGGAUACACUUGGAUGGUUUCUUUCAUCAAUGCCUUCACUUAUUUAUCUUAAAUUAGAAGGACGACCAUUUAUGUAUGAUUCAAUAUUUGGUCAAAUUCGAUUAGAAAAUUUUAUUCAAACAAAAUUAUAUCAUUUAGAAAAAUUUGAAUUCUUUUUUCGUUUUGUUUAUUCAGAGGUUAUACAAAAUCGUAGUACUUCUAUUGAAACACGUCUUGAACAAUUUCGAACUCCAUUUUGGCUUGAAAAUAAACAUUGUUUUGUUAAUUGUGAUUAUAUUAAAAGUUCUGGUGAGAUUUUAUUAUAUUCAAUACCUAUAUGUAAUCAUCGUUUCGAAUAUUAUGAUGAUUCAAAUAAAAUUUCAAGUUCAACAUCUUCUACAAUCUAUAACGAUUCAAUAAUAAUGGAUAAUGUGCGUGAACUUGAUUUACAUUUAAAAAAUAUCACCAAUACAUCAAUGAUAAAAAAGAAUGUACAACCGAUGUUUCGUAAAUUAACCAAGCUCAAACUUAUUAUUAGUGAUGAUUGGUCACUGGAUUCAUUUCAAUUUGUUUCUAUUUUAAUCGAUCUUUCACAUCUAGUUAAAAUAAUAUUAAUUAUUUCUUCUCGUGGUGAUUUUCUUCAAGAAAUGAUUGUGAAUUUCUUUGAUUUAAUGAAACAAGCAUGUAAUGUUUGUUCACUUGAAAUAUUUAAUCGAUGGCAUGGUAUUAGUUAUUUUAUGAAUAUAGAAAAUUUUUGUUCAAUAAUGCCUCAACAUAUCAAACAUCUUGAUAUUGAUAUUGUGAAUAUUAAUGAUAUGAAAGUUAUUCUUGAACGACUUGAACAAUUAUCAAGUGUUAAAUUUAAAUUUUCAUUUGAAAAAUGGAUUUUUGCUAAAGAAAUUCUUGAAUGGAUUUCUCAAAAAAAAAAUAAUUCAACACAUUUGAAAGAGAUGCAUUAUUUAUCUUUGUGGCUUGGAAAAAAGAAAAAUAUUCUAUCAUCAAGAACGACUAGUCAUAAACAUAAUGCACAAGGUGGAAACCAAUGGGGAGUUUUUACUGGUCUUGAAAGCAAAGAAAUUCGUCGUGUAUUUAUUCGAAAAGUUUAUAUAAUUUUUAUGAUUCAAUUAUCGAUUACGUUUGGUUUUAUUGCAUUAUUUCAUUUUACACCACUGAUCCGUGAAUAUGUACAAAGUCAAAAUGGUAGAUGGCUUUAUUUUGCAUCAUAUGGUGUUUUUCUAGUUACUUAUUUUGUAUUGGUUUGUUCACAACGUGCAGCACGAAGAUUUCCACUUAAUCUUAUUUUACUUGGUAUUUUGACCUUAUCAAUGAGUUAUAUGAUGGGUAUGAUUUCAGCAUAUUAUAAAAUUGAAUCAAUUUUGAUUGCUAUUGGUAUAACAGCAGUUGUUUGUUUGGGUGUUACAUUAUUUUCAUUUCAAACCAAAUAUGAUUUUACAUCAUGUUUUGAAGUUUUAUUUGUUAUGUCAUUAGCACUUUUAGCUUUUGGAAUUGUUUGUGCUUUUACUUAUUCAAGAAUAUUGUAUACAGUCUAUGCUGGUCUUGGAGCUGUAGCUUUUUCGAUUUUCUUGGCUGUUGAUACUCAAUUAAUUAUGGGUGGAAAACAACACGAAAUAAGUGCUAAAGAUCAUAUUUUUGCAUCACUUAUGCUUUAUAUUGAUAUUAUUUAUAUAUUUGUAUUUAUUCUGAGUUUGGUUGGUAAUCGGAAAUGA